UCACAUCACUCCAGCUGUAAGGAAGCAGAAGAACGAUGGGAUUUAACCGAGAAGCGUAGUUCCCCCUCCCCUUCUUUUACUUCUUUGAAUUUAUUUAGCAUCUUUUCUUCUGCAAAAUUGGGAAACUUUUUGACUUUUCCACUUUGGAUGCUGAGAUGCUCACAAAGUGACAAACAGCGCUCCUCGUGUCUUCUUCCUUCCCCAGCAACGCAUCAAAACGCAAUGAAAGACGACUUUGCAGACGAGGAGGAAGUACAGUCUUUUGGAUACAAGCGAUUUGCCAUCCAGGAAGGCACCCAGUGCACCAAGUGUAAGAAGGAAUGGGCGCUGAAGACCUCCAUAGCUUUGCUCUAUGUGCUGUGUACUCUACUCACCAUAGCUGUUGCUGUACUUGGAUAUAAAGUGGUGCAAAGAGUCGACAGAGUGUCUGCAGGCAUUGCCAACUAUGGGGGGAAGAUUAUCGCGGUGGAGUCUGACUUGAAAAAGUUAGAUGAUCAAAGUGGUGAAAAGUCUGAGAACACCACUACAGCAAUCCAUGCCUUCAAAACAAAGGUUUGGGCCCUGCAAAGGCAGCUGUCCACCAUGGAGGAGCAUCUCCACGCCGACCAGGUUCAGCUGAGCCACCUGCAAAACCUCGGCUCGGAAAUCCAGAGCAAUCAGGCCUCCAUCCGAAGUCUGUUGGACAUCAACACAGCCGCCUUGCGCUUCGUCAACGGCACUCUGCAUUCCUACAGCAGCAUCCUCGGGGGUCUGCAGGAUGACACGACCCGUUUGCAGAAGGAACUCCAGCAACAAGUGAAGCUCCAAAACCAGAUCUUGCUGAGCAUCGGCGGUCUGAACCUCACCCAGGCACAGCAGCGUGGCCUCAUCGAGGCUCUGCAUCGCUCCGUUGACGACACCGGUCAGAACAUCCAGAAAGUCCGCAAUGACUUUCAAAGCCUGGAGCAGAGCACCAGGCAGACGCUCUCUGAUACCGAGUGGCUUCGGACUAAAGUGGAUAACCUGCAGAUUCUUGCGACUAACGCCUCGGUUCUCUCCAAAGCCAACAACGAUAGCCUGGAGGAAGUCGGAUCCCAGCUGGCGUUUGUUUCCAGCCAGUUGCAGAACACCAGCAACUUGGCUGAUGCCCAUGACCAGUCCCUGAAGGAGAUCCUCGACCAGCAGAGGGAUUUCACCAACCUCACGUCAUCUAAAUUCGAACGUCUAGAGGUACGACUGGACGAUACGGAGCAGGGCUUGGACCGUGUGACGGGCAACGUCAGCUUUACCACGCAACUCUUGGGCGCCAUCAACCUCAACCUGAACUCCUUGCGGGGUUACUCUGAAACGGUUUCUCGCCACUCGGACAUUCUGGUGAGCCUCAACGGCAGUGUGGCUGGCGUGAAGGUGGAUGCGGCUGGUUUGCGAUCCCAGCAGGAGGACCUGGCGGCACGAUUGGAUAAGGAAGUGACUAGUCUCUCUAUCAUCAUGGAGGAGAUGAAGUUGGUGGACACCAAGCACUCCCAGUUGAUCACCAACUUCACCAUCUUACAGGGGCCUCCUGGUCCUAGAGGGCCACGAGGGGACAAAGGACCUCAAGGACCAAUUGGCCAGUCAGGUCAGAAGGGCGAAAAAGGGGACAAAGGUGCCUCAGGAAUACGUGGUCCAAGAGGGGAGCAAGGUAUUCCUGGCCCGCCAGGUCUACCAGGAUUAAGAGGCCUUCCAGGCAUCCCGGGGAAUCCAGGGUCCAAGGGCACCAGGGGAUCAGGGGGAAGGGCUGGACCUCCUGGCGGUAAAGGCGAGCCGGGUACCGCUGGCCUGCCUGGAAGGGACGGCCAGCCUGGUCCUCAGGGGGCACAGGGUCCACCUGGCAUCCGGGGUCCAAUAGGGCCGGCUGGAGAGCAGGGGCCAAGGGGACUGCAAGGACCCGUGGGUCCUCCAGGGCCUGGGGGACCACCAGGACCACCUGGGGCUCCCACUCAGGGAGCUGUUAGUGCCUUGAGUCCAGUGCCUCUCCAAGAUGAAGCAGUUGCUCCGACACUAGGGGACACAGCUUGCUCACCCGAGUGGCUUCACUACAGGGACAAGUGCUACUUGUUCGCCAAAGACUUGCACAGCUUUGAUGACGCAAAGGCAACUUGUGAACUCAAACUGGGUUCCUUGUUGACCAUCGAUGACACAGAGGAACAGACAUGGCUUCAGAAGCAGACGCACGGCAAGGGCUACUUCUGGAUGGGUCUUACUGACCGGGCGGAGGAGAGUGUUUGGCGCUGGCUGGAUGGCAGCCAACCGGCUUUCACGAGGUGGAAGCCCGGCCAGCCGGACAACUGGGGCCACGGUCACGAGAGCGGCGAGAACUGCGCGGGGCUGAUCCACGACGGCCUUUGGAACGAUUUCUUCUGUGAAGACCUCAUAAGUUACAUUUGCCAGAAGCCACAGAUAGUGAUACGAAUCUCGUAGCAGUGAAGGCGGGGAAUGGGAGGCGGGCAGCUAGACUGGACCCCACUCGGGUUUCAGUCCACACACAAAUCGACGCAUUUGGGACACGAGCGGCUUGAGUGCAAUACAGCAACGCGGCCAAAGGAAGGACAAUCUCUUUUUAUAUGUAUACUGUAUAGUUCUGACAAAUCUACCAAGUGAUUGAUAAAUAUUUUAACGUGAGACCGAUUAUCUGAAUGUAUAUUUCACUAUGCAACUUUUUAGGAAAACAGUGAUUCCUUAAAUACAAAAAAAAUACAUGAUUUUGAUUGUUUUUUUUUUCUUUUGGUGAGAUUAAAAAACAGAAUUAAACCUGCUGGUUUCAAUUGAAGUCCGGGAUAUGGUUUACGGGUUGUAGUACCGGGACAAACCUGUGGGAGGUAGCAAUAUGCCGCAGGUUUUUGGUUCUUUUCUAAGGUUUCAAAAUUUCAAAAAUGAUCAAAAAGUAC